GAAGCGCGUGCACGUGACGCAGUUUCUCGGUAAAGCCUGCCUUCCUGUUUCUCCGCCGAAGAAAUGGACUGACCCGAGUCUACGUCGUUUUUUCUUUCUUUGUUUCUUUUUACAUUAACAAUUGCCAAUCUCCAAAACCCAUGACCACGGCAGAGCGUUUUGUGUUGUGGGAUCCGGCUGAAAGCAGGUGAACCUGAAGUCUUCUGUGUUCUUCUCCUCUUCUUGUUGUUUCUUCUGCUCAGAGUUGUAAUGGAGUGAAACUAAGUACCAAAUGCCAAAAUGGAAAGCAGGCACCACACGGGGAAAUGGAAAAAGAUAUGUGCGCCAUGCAUUUUGUUUCUGCUGACUGUUUUAAGGCAGUGUGAUGCUACAGAAGGGCACAAGAACUUUAACAACACAGGGUCAUGUUUAGAGAACGAGUACCUGCAUGGUGAAUUCUGCUGUGAUAAAUGUCCACCAGGAUUUAAACUAACACGGAAGUGCAAAGGAUCGGGCCUAAGGUCAGAGUGUGUGAAAUGCAGCCCCGGAUCAUAUCAAGACAACAUGAACCAUUUCCAAAACUGCUUCUCAUGCCGUACAUGCAACCCAGCGUCUAAUGAAAUUGAGCUAGCAGAAUGCACACAUAUGCAAGAUAGAAAAUGUGGCUGUAAGCAAGGAUUCUACCAAGAAGUAUUAGAUGAUAUUACAAUGUCAUGUGUACCCUGUCGAAAGUGUGGAGUUGGUGAAAUGGAGACCAGAUCAUGUAAUGGGCAGAUGAACACCGAGUGUGAAUGCAAAUAUAACCAUUAUCGUGUGGCUAAAAGAAUCUGUGCACAAUGCACAAACUGCAGUUCUAAGUGUAGUGACCUGUGCACACAUGGUGUCAAGACUACGCCUCCUAGCCAUCCUAAAUCAGGUUAUCCUUUACAGACAAUCGUCGUGCUUGUGUGGGUUUGUCUGUGUUUGGUAAUUGGUUUGCCUUGCAUAGUUAGCUUGUAUAAAGGAAUUAAACACUGGAAGAAGCGGAAGCAAAAUCAGUACAGUCAGUCAUCCGAGUCACAUGACCCAGAGAAGCAAGGGAAAGAAACACAUAAAUGCGUACAAAGCAAAGAUGAUGUAAGCAGGCUGUUACCAGUUCAGCCAGACCCUGUGCUUCCUGAUUGCAUUCCCAGAGAGAUCAAAACUCAUGAGUUUGUUUACCUUGUGCUGGAAAUUGUCCCGGUCAGUCGCUUUAAGGAGCUGGUGCGUCGUCUGAACGUCUCUGAGCAGGACAUUGGCAGGGCAGAGAGAGAUAACCGAGCGUUUGCUGAUGCCCAGUACCAGAUGCUGAUGGUUUGGGUUGACAGUGGCACUAGAGGAGGGAAAAGCAUCCUGCCACACUCACUAUUUCAGGAAUGUGUGGACAGACUGAAGGAUAUGAAUUUGACUGCUUGUGCAGAAAGCAUAGAGGACAAGUAUGCCUGAACUCUCACAUGUAGCACAUGCACAAAACAACAUACUUACCUUAUAAUUAAAUCAAGUAUGGAUACACUGUAAUUAAGAAAUUCUCAGAAAUUUCAGUAUUGUGUGCAAACUAUUAUAGCAGUGAUGCGCAGACUCUUGUAGUCUUUUUAAAUAGCAUUAUGGUUGUACUGCAGAGUUGCUAAGGUGAGAUAAUGUUAAUGUUUUAAUGUGGAUGCUGUAAACCUCUUAUGGGCUGCUCACUUUAGCAAAAUAUUUGUUUAUGACAGUGUAAUCAAUACUGCAUUACAAAUUGGACAUAUUUAAAAGAAACAGAAACCAUUCCCUAUUUUAAUUCAUUUUAGUAUUAUUAUCUGAGCAACUCUGCACAGUACAGAACCACACUAAAUGUAUAUGGGCAUUUUGCAUAUAUUGCAUAUAGGCCCCUCAAGUGGUCUUUGUAUUCUUAAUGGUUCUAGAUAUCUAAAGGGGUUCCCCAUAGAAUGUUUUCUGAAAGGGAAACCCUCUGUUUAACAGUUCUACACUAUUUUAAACCUUUAUGGUUUUCAUAGGGGGACAAACAAAAGAUAACUUUAAGGUGUCAGAUGGAACCUUUUGUUAGCACGUGUGCGUUAAUGUAACUGUGGUAACAGUAUGUUGAUUUCUUUGUCAUUAUGCUUAGAAACAUGAAAAAGUAACCGCACCCAGUAACCACAGCUAUUUUCUAAUACCUGGUUUUAUACAAUUUGUGUUAAUCAUUACCUUUAUUUUUAUGACUACGCUUGCAUUAAGAUUUAAAAUUAUAUUUUGUUUUGUCAACAAAUGAAUUCCUAAGAAUAGCUUUAGGUUAUUUAGUCUUUAUAUGUUUUCUUUUCGGUUCUAUUAUUAGGUAUGUUAGGUCUGUUUUCGAACUUCUGCAUUAAGAAAUCAAUUUGUUUCUCUUUCAGCUACUGCUUUGAUUACAAAAUUUACACAUAAAGAAAUAGAUUGACAAAAGAUUAAUUGUCAUGCUUUGGCAAAUGUAAUCAAAUGUGGCAGGGUUCACAAUUUUGGUUUAAAAUGCGGCUAUGUGCUGCUUUGUAAACUUUAAUUUGUUUUCAUGUGAAAGAUAUUUCAGCACUAACAGAAAGUGGGGCAGGGGCUAUUCUCAAAGUUAGAAACCUUUUAUAUUUUAUUACAUUUUAUUAUAAGAGGUUUAUACUAAACACCAAUUAAUGGCCUUUAAGCAAUUCAGUGAUUGCCAUGGUCUCAGACAGUUCAUUCAUUCAUCUUCAGUAACUGUUUAUCCUGGUCAGUACUAUGGCCAACCACUUUAAAUGUAUAUAUUUUUGUCUUCACGGUGCUGAACAAAAAUACAUUUUUAUUUAUUUAUUUUUUAUAUUGUAUGUUGUUAUUAUUAUGAGACAAACGUUUUUCCCCUUUUCCACAUAUUCAGUUAUUUCAAAAAUAUUUCUGGGAUGUCAUAUCUCCUAUCUGGCAACGGUAAAAGAAAGGCUUCACACAUUUGCUUGUUACGUCUCAGAAGAAGCCCCCUCUGCACUCCCUGUAACUAUACAGGUCCCAACAGUACCUAUUGUUGGUUACUUAAUUCCUGGGGACCAUAAUCUUCCAGGAUUGUACAUGGAGACUCAACAGAGACAUAACAUCUAGCUCAGGCAAUGUUAGGCCAGUGCUAUUCCUCCAUAAUUAAUACAGUGCUUCCCUCUACUAUACCAAUGCAGACAAGGCCAGACUAUGACAUGUCAUCAGAUCAGCAGAUAUGACAAUCACCUGUAAACUUGACCAUCUUCCUGACCUGCAUGACUACGGGACCAGAAAGAACAGACUAAAUCACUGCUGGCACUUUUCAAAGUAGCAAGCCUAUUUUCCAAAUCUUUACUUUAAUGGCUUGUAUUCAGUUCACUGUGCCAGUGUUUCACAUGUGAAGUGAGGUAAUUAAUCUAAAUUGUCAAAUGGAUCUACUUGGGAUUCCCAGUCAUGGCAUAGCACAAAGUUGAUUUAAAAUACUACCACUUGUAUGCUCAGAAAGUCUUGUGUUUACUCUUCAUUUCUAAGUUUAAUGACUGGCAUGUUGUCCCUCAGCAUUCCACAUUGGGCACAUUAUCCCUUUUCUAAUUGGUCCUAUACUUUUAUACUUCCCUGCUUGCUUCUACCAUUCUGUCAUUGAUAGUUAGCAUGCAAUGUUGUAUGGGUUUAACUGAAACAGAUAUAAUAUGUGAAUAUGCAAUUUGAAUGCUGAUUAGACCAAGAACCACUUAGUCUUGUUUCCUGUUAUAUUUUUAUUCCAUGCCUGUUUGCACAUAAUAUUGUUAAGACUUCUUUGGGCGAGUGUGUAUUGGAGAGAAAUGCUGAUGCUUGAUCCUGAUAAACUUCUACUGCUGUGGUUCAUCUCUCACCUGUUGAUCCAUCAAAUUCAUCUUGAUGCUCUACUAUUUGGAGAGUUCUGUAUUUGUAAUUGUUCCUUCUGCUGUUGUGGAUGACCCCUUGUGGAUCAUACCUUGCAAUAAUAAAGACUGCCCUGUGUUUAUCCAAGGGCUCUUAUUCACAA